UCCUUUGGCGAAGUUUUAUUCAUAUUCUCAAUUAUUUUUACCUGCAUUUCAGCUGAUAUUGGUCUUGCUGAGUGGGGUCGCCAAGAAAUCGAACUCGCUGAGAAUGAAAUGCCUGGAUUAAUGAAGCUGCGUGCAAAGUAUGGCGCUGUCCAACCUCUAAAAGGCGCUCGUAUCAGCGGUUGUCUUCACAUGACCAUCCAAACUGCGGUUCUCAUCGAGACGCUGACAGCUUUGGGUGCUAAAGUUCGUUGGGCGUCGAGCAACAUUUUCAGCACUCAGGAUCAUGCAGCCGCCGCCAUUGCCAAAGCCGGAGUUCCUGUGUUUGCUUGGAAAGGCGAAACUGAGGAAGAAUAUGCUUGGUGUAUGGAACAAACUUUGAACUUUGAGGACGGCCCGGUGAACAUGAUUCUUGACGAUGGCGGUGAUCUCACUGGUCUUGUUCACGAAAAAUAUCCCCAACUCUUAAGUGGUAUCAAGGGUAUCACCGAACAAACAACUACUGGAGUUCAUGCGCUCUAUAAGCGUCUGAAGGAGGGCAAAUUGAAAUGUGUUGCUAUGAACGUUAAUGACUCGGUCACAAAGAGCAAGUUUGACAAUCUCUAUGGCUGUCGAGAAUCCUUGGUUGAUGGUAUUAAACGAGCUACUGAUGUCAUGUUAGCCGGUAAAACGGCUUUUGUUGCUGGCUAUGGUGAUGUGGGCAAAGGUUGUUGCCAGUCUCUUCGUUCCUAUGGAUGCCGUGUGUUAGUUAGUGAAAUUGAUCCGAUCAACGCUCUACAGGCUGCUAUGGAAGGUUAUGAGGUAACGACUGCUGAUAAAGCUGCCAAAGAGGCUCAUAUCUUCGUCACUGCCACGGGUUGUUGCGAUGUCAUUGUGGGGCGCCAUUUUGAACAAAUGCGAGAAGAUGCCAUAGUUUGCAAUAUCGGACACUUUGAUAUCGAAGUUGACGUUGUUUGGUUGAAUGAGAAUUGUGUGGAAAAGGUAGAAGUGAAACCACAAGUAGAUCGCUACCUCCUGAAAAAUGGUCGGCAUAUUAUUCUCCUGGCCGAGGGUCGUUUGGUCAAUCUGGGUUGUGCGCAUGGACACUCGAGUUUUGUCAUGUCGAACUCGUUUGUUAAUCAAGUUCUUGCACAAAUUGAGCUCUACACGAAACCUGAAAACUACCACAUCGGUGUCUUUAUGCUACCCAAAAAGUUAGAUGAGGAGGUGGCCGCAGCUCACUUGGACCAACUUGGAGCCGAAUUGACGGAGCUUACCAAGAAGCAGGCCGAGUACAUAGGCGUCCCGAUUGAUGGACCUUACAAGAGCGAUCACUAUCGUUACUAA